GCGCCGGCGUCGGCUGCGUCUCCGGCAUUUGAAUUGCGCUUCCGCCAUCUUUCCAGUCUCAGUCGGGCGGGCGCGGAGACGCUUCUGGAAGGAACACCGCGAUGGCUGCCCAGGGAGAGCCCCAGGUCCAGUUCAAACUUGUAUUGGUUGGUGAUGGUGGUACUGGAAAAACUACAUUCGUGAAACGUCACUUGACCGGUGAAUUUGAGAAGAAGUAUGUAGCCACCCUGGGUGUUGAGGUCCAUCCCCUCGUGUUCCAUACCAACAGAGGUCCUAUUAAGUUCAAUGUAUGGGAUACAGCUGGCCAGGAGAAAUUUGGUGGACUGAGAGAUGGUUAUUACAUCCAAGCCCAAUGUGCCAUUAUAAUGUUUGAUGUAACAUCGCGAGUUACUUACAAGAAUGUGCCUAACUGGCAUAGAGACCUUGUACGAGUAUGUGAAAACAUCCCCAUUGUGUUGUGUGGCAACAAAGUGGAUAUUAAGGACAGGAAAGUGAAGGCAAAAUCUAUUGUCUUUCACCGAAAGAAGAAUCUGCAGUACUAUGACAUUUCUGCCAAAAGUAACUACAACUUUGAAAAGCCCUUCCUCUGGCUUGCACGAAAGCUCAUUGGAGACCCUAACUUGGAGUUUGUUGCCAUGCCUGCUCUUGCCCCACCAGAGGUUGUCAUGGACCCAGCUUUGGCAGCACAGUAUGAGCAUGAUUUAGAGGUUGCUCAGACAACUGCUCUCCCGGAUGAGGAUGAUGACCUGUGAGAGAGAAGCUGGAGCCCAGCGUCAGAAGUCUAGUUUUAUAGGCAGCUGUCCUGUGAUGUCAGCGGUGCAGCGUGUGUGCCACUUUAUUAUCUAGCUAAGCAGAACAUGUGCUUCAUCUGUGGGAUGCUGAAGGAGAUGAAUGGGCUUCGGAGUGAAUGUGGCAGUUAAAAAAAAUACCUUCAUUGUUUGGACCUGCAUAUUUAGCUGUUUUGGAACGCAGUUGAUUUCUUCAGUUUCAAAUAUAAGACUGCUAUAGUCACAUCACAAUAUUCGGUGGUGAAAUCUUGUUUGUUACUGUCAUUCCCAUUCCUUUUCGUUUAGAAUCAGAAUAAAGUUGUAUUUCAAAUAUCUAA